AUGGCCUCCUACAUUUCUUCUUCUUCCUUGAGCACUGUCAAUCAUGUUACCGUCGCAUUAGCCCUGCUUCUUGUGGUUUUCACGGGGAGCUCCUCUGCUAAACUCUCUACAGGUUUUUACUCUAAAAGUUGUCCCAAGGUCUUCAGCACGGUGCGGCCUGUUCUCAUAAAUGCCCUUUCAAAGGCACCCCGCCUGGGUGCUUCUCUCCUUCGCCUCCACUUCCAUGACUGUUUUGUCAAUGGUUGUGACGGCUCGGUACUCCUGGAUGACACGGCCAGUACCAAAGGCGAGAAGACAGCAGGUCCCAACAACAGAUCCAUCAGGGGUUUCAAGGUUGUCGAUGACAUAAAAACCGCUGUAGAGAAAGUAUGCCCAGGAGUGGUGUCUUGUGCUGAUAUCCUAGCCAUUGCUGCUCGUGACUCUGUUGUAAUUCUUGGCGGGCCGAAUUGGGCUGUUAAAGUGGGAAGAAGAGACUCGAAGACAGCCAGCUUUUCUGACGCCAACAAUGGCAACCUCCCUCCUCCCACAUUUAACCUCACCAACCUCAUCAGCAGUUUCCGAGCCAAAGGUCUCUCUACCCAGGAUAUGGUUGCCUUGUCUGGAGGUCACACGAUCGGGCAAACAAGAUGUCUAACUUUCAGAGACCGCAUAUAUAACGAGACAAACAUCGAUAGUUCAUUUGCCAAGCUCAGACAGAGCACAUGCCCAAGGAACACCGGCGGCCGCAAGAACCUUGCCCCUCUGGACAUCCAAACCCCUAAUCAUUUUGAUAACAAGUACUUCAAAAACCUCCUCGGCCAAAAGGGUCUUCUGCACUCUGAUCAAGAACUGUACAAUGGCGGGUCGACAGAUUCACUGGUUAAAACCUACAGCAACAAUCCUAAGACCUUCAGCAAUGACUUUAUCACUGCAAUGAUUAAGAUGGGAGACAUUGAACCCCUCACUGGAUCCAGCGGUGAGAUUAGAAAGAACUGCAGAAGGGCGAACUAAGGUAGAUCAUCGUGUGCAUGAAGUCAAGGAAUAUUUAUUAUAAAUGAAAUAGAGAAAAUAUAUAUGUUCUAUAUAUAUAAAUAUAUUUAUCCUUCCGUUCAAAAAUAAGGAAAGUUCAAUUUUCCAUCGUUUUUUAGAAGCUACGUUCAUGAUCAUCAAAUAAUUGUAAGCAGUAAUUAUGUAAUUUGUUUGUACAAUUAAUGUAAUUUUUGGAUUAUUAAAGGCGAUAAUCCAAUUAUAUUUAAAA